AGUCGAAAACAAUCGGAGAUAGAUGCAGAAAUCGUUCUUUUACAUGAAAGUAUCAAUCUUUAUUUAUAGAAUUUGUGUUUUCACGCUUAAAGGUUUCAACUUUAUCCGACUCGUCUUGUUUCGUGUUUAUCCCUUGACAUGGGUUUAUCUAUAGCGUUGAGAAAUUACAUGUCUUUGGAUCGAUGCCUUUGAACAGGUCUCGUUGUGACCCUUGUCUUCUUUCAUAAGCAUGUUCUUGAUUCUGGGUUUUGGCUUUGAAAAAGAUUCGAUUUUUAUCACUUUGGAUCACUUCUAUAUAGUUCUUAUUAAUGGAUGAGGAAAGCAAUCCUAUGGAAGAUUCUUGUGAUGAAGAAUUUGUCUGCGGAGAUCCGAAAGUUGAUGUUCGUGUUGGAGAUGAAUAUCAGGUUGAGAUACCUCCUAUGAUCUCUGAAUCCCAACGUGCAGCGCUUCUUUUGAAUCCUCUGGACUCUGAUUCCUCUUGUUCCUUUGCUGUGGGACUACCUGUCGAAGUAAUGUGGAUAGACACCAAAUGUAGAGAUAGAGAUGGACUUGGAAGUGAUAACAUCGACAUGAACGAAUCUCUCAAAUCACUUAAAACAAAAAGAAGCCGCAGAGGUGGGAGUGACGGGAACCCGGGAUCAAAGCAACAUAUGAAUCUUGAAGUUGUGCCUGGGAAAUCAUCCAGUUCUUGGGAAGAUUUGGAAGUAGAUGGAUUUGUUCUUGGGCUGUAUACAUUUGGGAAGAACUUUGCUCAGGUGCAGAAGUUGUUAGAGAGCAAAGAAACAGGAGAUAUACUUUUGUUUUACUACGGAAAGUUUUACGAAUCUGCUAAAUACAAAAUUUGGUCUAAUUCUCUUAAGAAGCGGAGCAGGAGAUGCAUACAAGGGAAGAAGCUCUAUUCAGAUUGGAGGCUACAGUUGUUGUUGUCCCGUUUAAUUCGCAACAUUCCCGAUGAACUGAAAGAACAGAAGCUUGUGGAUGUCUCAAAGUCAUUUGCUGAAGGGAAGAAGUCUCUGGAGGAAUACAUCAACGCGGUUAAGGAACUAGUGGGUCUCCGGUAUCUUUUAGAGGCUGUAGCAAUUGGUAAAGAUAAGGAAGAUCUGACAGUCCUCACAAUAGAACCCGAAAAUGCAAAACAAUGGUUUACAGUUUCUUCUGCGGUUCCUGCUGGUUUAGGGGAAUACAGUUCACUCACAGUUGAAGGUAUAAUCGAAAAAUUGACUGGUUGUUCCCGUCUGAUAAAAGGUCGUUACAAUGAUAUCUUCUGGGACGCUGUAUGGCCGCGUUUGCUACAUAGGGGGUGGCGUUCUGAGCAGCCAAAGGACCGAAGUUACAUCAAGUCUAAAGACCACAUUGUCUUCCUCGUCCCUGGGGUAAAGAAGUUUUCAAGACGGAAACUUGUGAAACAUGAUCAUUACUUUGAUUCUAUCAGUGACAUUCUCAAAAAGGUUGUUUCUGAGCCUGAGCUUCUUGAGGAGACAGCAGAGAUCAGAGCUCCUGAUGGAAUCAUCCAAGAGAACACUUGCAACCAAUCAAAACAGGAGAAACACUGUUACCUGAGGUCUCCAAACUCUUCUUCUACUCAUAUGAAGUUCACUGUUGUGGACACUAGUCGUUUGGCUUCAGGAGGAAAUUUGUUCAAAUGCCGGGAGUUGAGGAUUCCAAAUCCAGAAUAUCUAGCUUCUCAAUCGAUGGCUUGUCGAGGGGAUAACAAUUCUUCUGUGGAAAGAUUCCAAACAAUGCCGUUGGAAGUACACAAGCGUAAGUGGGAAAGGCCGCGAAAGAUGAAACAGGUGGAUGAACCGAUGAAAUUCAUGAUUCUGGAUACAAGUGUGGAGCAAGGUGGGCAUUCAUCCGGGAUAAGAAGACGGAGACAUUUGCCGGGUGAUGAGAAUCCGUGCAAGAUCCGUAAAUGCAUACCCAAAGAGGCAUUUGGUGAAUCAUCACAGCACCAAUCUCGCAGUAAUAAAGGUGUGAAGGGCAAGCAUCCUAUGGGGACUGAUUCUGGUCUAGGGGAGGAGACUUUGGAGAAUGUCCAACAAGGUCGGUCAAAGAAGAUCAAGCAGAGGUAUUCCCGAAUAUCAGAAUCUAAUAACCAUCAUUCGGUUCCCUUGCCAAAACGUAGGCGGCUCAGUACUUGUGUAAGGAAAGAUAUAAAACGUUCUGGUGAAAGUUCAGUGUUGAAGCCACCUGCAUUACAUGUUGAUUCUAUGAACCUCAAGACUGACCAGUUAGAAGAAACUGAAAAUAUUGAGAUUCAAGAAGAGCCAGAAAGUGAACCAAAUGGCUUUUGUCCCAUUUCGGAAACAGUCCAUGAACUAAGUUCACCAGCACAACAAAAAGAACCAAAUGGGUUAUGUUCAAAGGACCAAGGAGGUCUGCAUGAACUCAGUUCAUCAGAACAACAACAAGACGAAUCAAAUCGGUUGGGUUUAGACAAAAAAUGCUCUUCCAAGGAUCUUGAAACUGCCCAAAAACAAGAGCAACCGAUUCAGUUGCCUCCCAAAAACAAGAAUUCUCCAUCCACUGAUCAUGGAACUACUCAAGAACGUGCAUCAUUAGAACAACAAGAAGAAGAGCAUAACCAACAGACCGACACAGACAUUCCAAGAAGACAAAGCACAAGAAAGCGGCCAUUGACUACUCGUGCUCUGGAAGCUCUAGAAUCGGGCUUUUUUACACCAAAAAGCAUGAAAACUACUACAUCUAAACCGAGAAAACGCAAACGGUCUGCAAAUAUCAAGCAUUCAGCCAAUGCGAGUAACAAAACUCCACGCGAGUCAGACAAUGGAUAUCUUGUAAAGGAAGCGACAACAAAUAAACCGCUGGACCUGGACCAAAUAAAGGAUUCUGAACCAAGCUUUCUUGUGGAUAAAGUAACGACGACAAGUAAGCAUGUGGAACAAAUAGAGGAUUCGAAGAAGGUGACUACCGAGUUCCCUAAACUUCCUCCUAUUGUUUUGAAACUUCCCUUUAAGCGUGGCUAAAGAUGCGGUGAAUACUGAAGUCUGAAUCAUUUUUUGGGGCUCACUGAUGAAAUGUGUACAGAAGAAGCAGAGAGCUCUUUAGACAGAUUUUUUCUUUUCUUUUUUGUUUCCCUGGUAUUAUCUGCUACAUAUUACAUAUCCAUGGGUAAUCUCUUAUUCUUUUGAAUUUGUUUAUCUUAA